AUGCAGCGCUCAACAUUCCUCAUACUGUCGUUAUUGAGCGUCCAUGCCCUUUGCUGGCCUUAUGAUCAACCACUCGCUAAAUAUAAUUUAAACGAAAACAAGACCGCCGACGGUCCCAUCGAUUAUUGGGGAGAAUGGCCGGACCAUGAAUACCAUCCAUCGCCUGACAACUGGCGCAUGCCCACAUAUACAAUCUUCUUGGACCGGAUAUCCAACGGCGAUCCUAGAAAUGACGAUAUCAACGGCACCGCAUUCGAACAUGUGGUCAACUCUAAUCAGAUGCGCCAUGGUGGCGAUCUGGACGGCUUGGUAGAUACGUUGGACUAUAUCCAGGGAAUGGGAUUCAAGGUUAUCUACUUUGCCGGAACCUACUUGAUGAACUUGCCCUGGGCCUACGAUGGGUACUCGCCGGUCGAUACCACCCUCCUCGAUAUGCACUACGGAACCCUGGAGGAUUGGAGACGAGCCAUCGAAGAGAUCCACAAAAGGGACAUGUAUGUUCUGAUGGAUAACACACUCGCAACGCUGAGCAACCUGAUUGGAUUCAAGGGCCACCUGAACGACUCUGCCGAUUUCAAGGCAUCCGAGUAUGAAGUUCAAUGGGUCACUGAUCGACAAUACGCCGAUUUCAAUUUCAGCAAUGUGUAUAACGAGUCUUGCAACUAUCCCAAAUUCUGGGACGAGACAGGUUAUCCCCUGACCGACCAGGGCGUCCAAGAUCUGAACGGUUGUUACGACAGUGAUUUCGACCAAUACGGAGAGCUUGAGGCGUUCGGUAACUUCCCUGACUGGCAGCGUCAGCUCACAAAGUUCGCCUCCGUGCAAGAUCGUCUGCGUGAAUGGCACAAGCCCGUUCGAGAUGUUAUCAUUCGUCAUUCUUGCCUUCAGAUCGCGAGUCUCGAUAUCGAUGGAUUCCGCUUCGAUAAAAGUGUACAAUCUACUAUCGAACCCCUGAGUGAGAUGCUUGCUGUCUACCGUGAAUGUGCACAGAAAUACGGCAAGAAGAACUUCUUCCUGCCAGGUGAAAUUACGUCUGGAGAUGACUUCGGCAGUCUCUACCUCGGCCGUGGACGCCAGCCCAAUCAGCGCCCGGAAACUGUGGGUGAGGCUGUCAAGUUGACGAACAACUCGGAUUCGAACUUCCUUCGAGAGGACGGACUCCAGGCACUGGAUGCUUCUGCAUUCCACUACACCAUUUACCGCUCGAUGACUCGAUUCCUUGGAAUGGACGGUAACCUGGUUGCCGGAUAUGAUUUGCCUGUCGAUUUCAUUCAAGCUUGGAACGCGAUGCUCCGAAACAACGAUUUCAUCAAUGCCUUCACCGGAGAAUUGGACCCCAGACAUAUGUAUGGUGUCUCCAACCAGGACAACUUCCGUUGGCCUGCAGUCGAGAACGGCACCGACAAGUAUAUGCUGGGUCUAUACAUUGUCUCACUGGAACUUCCUGGAGUCCCUCUCAUCCUGUGGGGAGAAGAGCAAGACAUGUACGUGUUCGAUGCCACUGCAUCGAACUACAUGUUCGGUCGGCAGCCUAUGACAUACCAGACUGCGUGGUGGACACAAGGCUGUUUCAACCUGAACACCUCCAAGUUCUACGAUUUCCCCAUUGACAAGGGUCGCAACGGUUGCAAUGAUAUCACUGUCACGUACGAUCAGCGAAACCCUGCCCACCCGAUUCGCAACAUCAUGAAGCGCAUGUUCCAGAUUCGAGAGCACUACCCCGUCGCCCAAGAUGGUCUGUACCUCGAAACGAUCUCUCAGCUGACGAAGGAUAUCUACCUCCCCGGUUCUUCUACUACUCCCACCGUCACUGGUCUUUGGUCAGUGCUGCGAAGCUAUUACCCCGGCGUUCAGAAAAAGGCAAUCCUGGCGAACGAGACCCUGUGGCUCGUGUACCACAAUGGAAACGAGACAAAGACAUACGGCACCAAUUGCACCUCUAAGAAUGCGUCUCUGUUGGCUCCAUUCGACUCGGGAACCAAGUUGACAAACCUCUUCUACCCUUACGAUAACAUUACGCUGGAAGACGGACCUGCAGGCGACGAAAACUCCUACGGAUGUGCUCGCAACGUGAAGUUGCUCCCAUGGGAAUACCGCGCCUAUGUCAAGACCGCAAACUUCGUGAAGCCCGGCCCUACCGUCACUGACUUCUACCCUGGCCAUGAUGCUCGAAUGAUCUCCUCGGAGGACACGGGCGAGACGAUGCCCAUCCAGCUUGGUUAUUCCACCGAGAUGGACUGUGACAGUAUCACGAAGUCAAUCUACCUGAACUCCACCACAGAAAAGAACAUCACCGCCGAGCUUGAUACAUCUAGCAUCAACUGUACCAGUAUUGCCGCCAGAACCACGAGCCAUAACCUUGUCGGAGAAAUCCCCACUGUUUGGACAUGGUCUGCAAGUCUGAAGAAUGUUCAUCAUGGAAUCCAUCAACUCACAGUGAAGAAUGUUUCCUCUGCUGGACUUUACACCAAUGCGACCGACAAGUUCCUGAUCCGUCUAGGUGCUCAUGAUAACCCUCUGAUCUCACCGCUUUCCAACUACUCUUCCACCCUCGUCCACAAGUCCAACGACAACUACUAUGUCCAACACAACGCUGCCGGUGCCGACCUUUUCCGAUACUCAUCUGAUUUCGGCCGCAGCUGGAACAACUGGACGACUUAUGAGGGCGGAAACACUACCCUUGACAUCCCAGCUUUCACUGGGCCUAAGUCACGGAAAUGGGAGGGAACUCACAUUCGUGUGCAGUACUUCUCCAGGCUCACUGGAAGCAGUGAUUACAUCCAAGAGGGUGAUUACAACAGUGAUUCGGGUCGAAGAUUCCCCCACUUGUGGUGGAAUGGUCCAUACAACCAAUAUGGAUACGACGCAGGACUGGAUAGCAAGAUGAACUACGAUUCCAAGACAUCUCGCUGGAACUACGAUUUUGUCUAUGAAUGGCCCGCUAUUGGUCAGCUGAAUGUUUGGGGAGCGGACAGCGAGGGUGACCCUGAUACUUCAGAGGUCUACGGAGAUGUCGGAAACUCAUCUUCGGUCCAAAAGCUUCCUCCCUCCUAUCUAUCAUCGAACGUUAUCAACAUCACCGCGCUUCCCCCAUUCCCCCAUCUUGGUUGGAAAAUCUCUCUCAACGAUGCCAACUUGCGAUAUGAAUUAAUCCCUAUCGGAUCGGGAUGGGCUCAGUUGGCCCUUUUCAUCUUGCUCUGGGUUGUGCCUAUUCUCAUGGGCUGUGCUGGUGUUCUCAUUUUCAUCAGAAACUUCUACCGCGUCAAACUUAACAAGGAUGGCAAUGUCGUUAAAGCCGCAAGUCUUCCCGUGGCCCUCUGGGGCAGAGUUAAGAACACUUUCGGUAAAGAUGACGAAGUGAUCCAGAUGGAAGAAAAGGGAGUGCCAGGAGCUAUGGCUUUGGCCGCAGCGAGCGAUCAACGCCGCACGGUAAUGAUUGCCACUAUGGAGUAUGAUAUUCAGGACUGGAAGGUCAAGGUCAAGAUUGGUGGCUUGGGAGUGAUGGCACAGCUUAUGUCCCAGAACCUGAAGCAUCAGAACCUCAUCUGGGUGGUGCCAUGUGUCGGUGAUAUUGACUACCCCGAGGACACACCCGCUGAACCUUUCGUGGUGACUAUUCUUGACAAGCCUUACUCAGUGAACGUGCAGUACCACGUCGUGGAUAACAUUACCUACGUGCUGCUUGAUGCUCCCGUUUUCCGACAGCAGACCAAGGCAGAGCCUUACCCUCCACGUAUGGACGACCUUGACAGUGCUAUCUACUAUUCCGCCUGGAACCAGUGUAUCGCAGAGGCGAUCAAACGAACUCCCUCGAUCGACCUGUACCACAUCAACGAUUUCCACGGUUGUGUCGCUCCUCUCUACCUUCUUCCGUCUCGAACCAUCCCAGUUUGCUUGUCUCUGCACAACGCCGAGUUCCAAGGUCUUUGGGCCCUUAGGACCGCACAGGAGAAGAAGGAAGUCUGCUCCGUUUUCAACCUUCCGAUCGAAGUGGCAACCAAAUACUGUCAAUUCGGUAACGUCUUCAAUCUUCUGCACACCGGUGCUAGUUACCUUCGUUUCCACCAACGCGGAUUUGGUGCAGUUGGUGUUUCUGAGAAAUACGGAAAGCGUUCGUGGGCUCGUUACCCUAUCUUCUGGAGUCUUGGAAAGAUUGGUAGUCUUCCUAACCCUGAUCCCUCUGACACCGCUGCUUUGAAGAAAGACCCCAAUGUGGAAGUCACUGUCCAGUCUGCCGAUGAAUCGAUCAACGACAAGCUCCAGGCCCAGAAGUGGGCUGGCUUGAAAAAGGACCCCGAGGCUGAUUUGUUGGUCUUCGUGGGUAGAUGGUCGAAGCAGAAGGGAGUCGACUUGAUUGCCGAUGUCAUGCCUGCCGUCCUAUCUGCUAGACCUAACGUCCAGCUGAUCUGUAUCGGUCCUCUCAUCGAUCUCUAUGGUAAACUGGCUGCGAUCAAGCUGGCACGCAUUAUGGAAAUGUUCCCAGGCCGUGUGUUCUCUAAGCCCGAGUUCACCGUCCUGCCUCCUUUCGUGUUCUCUGGUGCAGACUUCGCUCUCAUUCCGUCCCGAGACGAGCCCUUCGGCCUGAUCGCCGUUGAGUUCGGUCGUAAGGGUGCGCUUGGAAUUGGAUCUCGCAUUGGUGGUUUAGGUCAGAUGCCUGGUUGGUGGUACACAGUCGAAUCCGACUCCGCUCGCCAUCUCUUGCAUCAACUCAGGACCGCUAUUAAGUCUGCCUUGGACUCAUCUCAGGAGACCCGAUCAGAGAUGCGUGCAAACUCUGCUAAGCAGCGCUUCCCCGUCCUUGAGUGGGUCCAGAAGCUUGAAGUCUUGCAGAGAACAUCUAUCAACAUCCACCACCAGAAGAACUCACUCACAGUGUCUGGCCCGUCUCGAGAGUCUCAGAUCUACUGGGAAACACCCGGCUUGCGGGACACAAUGAUGACUCGUCCCGGUUCAACCGUAUCCCUCUCAGGUGCUUUGGAAGCGUCCAGGCAACCUGCCCAGCCAUCUCUCCUUCAACUCCAGGCAGCCGAAGCCCAAGAAAUGCAAGCCGAAAGCAACCGAAGCAGCAUGUUGGGUCGCCAGUUGUCGCUUGGUCGUCGUUCCGGACCUGGACAGGGCAGAAAGCGACUCGUCAAGAGGUCCCUUCGCGAGAGUCAGAUGCUCGAGCCGCCUGUCGACGGUGACACCACCGACGCUGACGACGAGGGCACUUCUACCCCGCAACAAGAGAACUUCAUUUCCCAAGAGGAGGCCCUGGCAGCUGUCAAUUCGGCUCUCGGUACCCAGGAUAUCGCCACACACCCUCGCAAUAUGGGACACUCUCGUGAAGAUUCCUCCUCAUCGGCAUCGGAAGGCUCACGCUUCAUUUCCAGAGACUCCUCUCCUGUGAGGAUCUCUCGCGACCAUUCUGAUCCGAGCACACCUUUCGCCCACGCCAACAACAUGUCUGUUCUCUCUCUGCAUUCGGUUGUUCAAGACCACGAUUCACCCAGUUUCAAUCUGCAAAAGGUCGACCCGACUUUCACCGAUAGCAUGGGAACCUUCACCAGACACUUCGAGCAGCAACUCACUAAUUUGAACAAGAAGAACUCGAUCUCGGAUUACUGUAUCGAGCUCUAUCUUAUGAAGAGUGAGCGCAAGUUCUUCUACAUGUACAAUGACGCGCAGUUGAAGAAACAGCCCAAAGAACGUCCUUUGACCGGCGCUGGCCUGGACCAGACUGUCGAGAACACCCCAUACAACCUUGUCACCGAGGGCGGCGAAGAAUCUGAUACAAACGACACCGAUGAAAUUGACAUUUGGCUCGCUCGUCUGGGAUACAAGAGACCCAUGGCCAUCCAGCGUUUCAUGAGAUGGCGUGUCGGUAACUGGCCCGUGUACGCUCUGUUCUUGGGUCUUGGGCAGAUCAUUGCAACAAACUCGGCACAAAUCACCCUCUUGACUGGACAGAUUGGUGAGACUGCUGUCAAGCUCUACGUCAUUGCCGCAAUCUACUGUGUUUCGUCCAUUUGCUGGUGGUUCCUCUACUACGCCCUGCCGUCUGUGUUCGUGCUCACUCUUCCCUGGUUCAUCUACGCUAUGGCAUUCAUUACCAUUGGUGUAUCCCCAUACGCACUUUCGACUCUCGGUCAAACCUGGGCUCAGAACUGUGCUGCUGGUAUCUAUGCCGCUGCAUCUUCCAGUGGUUCCUUGUUCUUUGCCCUCAACUUCGGUGACCAAGGUGCUGUCCCCGUGAAAGAUUGGAUGUUCCGCGCAAGUUUGAUUCAAGGAAUCUCACAGCUUUACACUGUCGCUUUGUGGUAUUGGAGUGCCAGAGUCACUGCCGUGGAGGUCGGAGGUGUUUCGACUGCUGCUUUGAACUCAUGGAAGCUCACAGCUGUGGUGAUGCCCAUUGCCGCAGUUUGUCUGGUCAUCGGUGUGCUUCUUGCUCUCGGUCUGCCCAAGUACUACCGCCAAGCACCUGGAAAGAUCCUCAACUUCUAUGGUUCUCUGCUCCGUCGCCGAAUCGUCCUCUGGUUCUUCUUCAUGGUCAUCGUUCAGAAUUGGUUCCUUUCUGCGGCAUUCGGCCGAAACUGGUCCUUCCUCUGGACUUCCCAACACACCAAGGCAUGGGAAGUCACACUCUUGAUCCUCUUCUUCUUUGUUGUUCUCUGGGUCGCCAUCAUGGUCCUCUUCCGCUACCUGUCCAAGGAGCAUAGUUGGAUUCUCCCGGUCUUCGGUCUGAGCAUUGGAGCCCCACGAUGGGCACAAACCUGGUGGGGAACAUCCAACAUCGGAUACUAUCUCCCAUGGUGUGGAGGUCUCACUUCCGGUGCACUUGCAUCCCGCUGCUUGUGGCUCUGGCUUGGUGUCCUCGAUGAGAUUCAGUCCGUUGGUCUAGGAAUGAUCCUUCUCCAGACCUUGACACGAGUUCACGUCUGCUUUGUCCUGUUGGCCGCGCAAUGUCUCGGUUCCAUUGCCACAAUUUGUGCUCGAGGCUUCGCGCCUAACAAGACUGGACCGGGAGGUAUCUCCCCACCGGUUGGUUCGUCGGUCGACGCUGUCGCCAACGCUUGGUUCUGGAUUGCGCUGUUCUUCCAGCUUUUGGCCAGCUUUGGUUUCCUCCUGUUCUACCGUCGCGAGCAGCUCAACCGACCUUAA